AUGGUCAUGGAAGUCGACGAACCGGCAGUGGCAGCGACCACGUCGCAAAAUGAGCAAUCGGAGGAGCAACAGCAUCCGAACGACUUUGACAUGGACACCUCCGAAGGCCCCAUCGAACCCGAUGAAACAUUUGAGCCGGUAGAUCAAAUUCACUGGAAAUUCAACCAGGUGAAGGGAAACAUAGACGCCGAUGUUCACACGGAUGGUAUGCAUAUCUACCAGGAAAAUUUUUACCGAUUCGAAAUUAAUUACAGCCGACGUCAUCUCUUGCGUCGAAUUUUCACACGACGGCGAGUACUUGGCAACUGGAGACAAGGGAGGGCGUGUUGUCAUAUUCCAGAGGGAUCAGAGCGUUAGUUUAUACUUUGAGACGGGUGAAUAUCAUUAGAAAUACGAAUAUUUCAGGGGAAGUACGUGAAAGGAGUUCGAUCAAGGGAGUACAACGUCUACUCGACAUUCCAAUCGCAUGAACCCGAGUUCGAUUACCUUAAAUCUUUGGAGAUUGAUGAGAAGAUCAAUCAAAUUCGUUGGCUGAAAAAGAAGAAUGCGGCCAAUUUCAUACUCUCCACCAAUGAUAAGACGAUAAAAUUGUGGAAAAUCAGCGAGAGAGAGCGUAAAAUUGCCGACGACGCCUGGAAUCUUCCCCGAACGAACAGAAUCAAGUGAGCGAGCGAGUCUUUUUGAUUCAUGCAUCAAAGCAAUCUGUUAUUCUUUUCAGCACCUCCUCUUUCCGCGGUCGCCUGCAAAUCCCCUCUAUUGUGCCCAUGGAGUUGAUAGUGGAAGCGAGUCCGCGGCGAGUUUAUGGCAAUGCACACACAUAUCACGUCAAUAGCAUUACUGUGAACUCUGAUCAGGUGAGAACUAAGACGAUCGGACUCUCAAUUGCAUAGUUUACCACUCUUGCAGGAAACAUUCCUUUCUGCCGAUGAUCUACGAGUCAACCUUUGGAAUCUGGAGAUUACCAACGAGUCUUUCAGUAAGUUUUCUCUAUUUUUAACGUUUUUUUUAUUCAAUCAUUUUCAGAUAUUGUCGACAUAAAGCCAACCAAUAUGGAGGAGCUGACCGAAGUGAUCACUGCCGCUGAAUUCCAUCCGACACAAUGCAACUGGUUUGUCUACUCGUCGUCGAAGGGAUCCAUCCGAUUGUGUGAUAUGCGAGAUCGCGCGCUUUGUGAUGCCUACGCCAAGAGUGAGUUGAACACGGCGCUCUUGAUUAUUUUAAAAAUCCUUUCGUUUUCAGUUUUCGAAGAGCCGGAAGAUCCGCAGUCCAGGUCGUUCUUCUCGGAAAUUAUCGCCUCUGUGAGCGACGUGAAGUUCUCGCACAACGGACGAUAUUUGCUGACCAGAGACUACCUGACUGUGAAAGUAAGAAUCAAAUUUAACUGAAAGUAUUUCUAGUCGUUGCGUGUUCAGGUUUGGGAUUUGAACAUGGAGUCACAACCUGUCGAAACGUACCCAGUGCACAAUUAUUUACGAACGAAAUUGUGCGCACUCUACGAAAACGAUUCUAUAUUCGACAAGUUCGAAUGCGAUUGGAGUGGAGAUGACAAGUAAGUCUACUGCUUUUUUCCCUCCGACAUCUAAACAUUAUUGUUCCAGGCACAUUCUCACCGGUUCCUAUCACAAUCUAUUCCGCUCGUACGCGCGAGGUAAUCAAGCCCCAGAUGCGAAGACGUGGGAAGCUAGGCCACAAGAGCCACACUCGCAACUUCGAUCACGAUUUGUGGUGCCGUCGGCGAAACGGAAGAGGAAUAAUCUGUCGUCGACCGGUGAAACGGUGGGCUCUUCCGCACCAGAACGCUCUAUUGAAUGCAACUUUACAGACCGAAGAGGAUCUGUCGUCGGAUCAGUUGCAGUUUAAUCGCAAGAUACUGCACACGGCGUGGCACCCGAAGGACAACAUCAUCGCCCUGGCCGCCACCAACAACCUCUACAUUUUCUCGGAUGUCUAA